UUCGGGUUGCACCCUCACAAAGUCUUGUAGCGUUUGAACGCACCCCUCGCCCGGACUCUGAUACUGUCCUCUCUCAAAGUGGAUGCUCGUGACACACUGACUAGUCUCCGGGCAAGCAUUGUGUGUGCCCUGGAAGACUACACUUUUCCCAAGAUGAAGCGCAGAGUAGUUUUGUCAUAAGCCACACUCUUUCUCGGCGGGUCUGGAGUGCCAGGCGCGUACUCUCCCAUUUUGAUGUUUCCACCAUGUUCCAUUUAAGGAAAGAAACUUUCGAAUAGAAAUUGAGAGCUACACCACAUUGCUCAACGGGGCUAAACAGCUGCUGGAAAAGUCCUUUAUAGUCCCCAGCUCUGGUCCCCGCCAGGAUCUCAAGUGACUUUUAGCACCGUGAAGCCCCUGCCCCAAUCCUCCCUGGCCUCCAGUUUUUGGUCGGGCAGCGGCUGCAAAGAGGACCCAUCAGAACUAAAGCCCAGUGGGCAGGCAGCUUCAGACACUGUCUCGCUUCCAAACGUCCCAUCAUUGUCCUUGUAACCCGAACCCUCCUAGCUCUCCCCCUACUUCUUGGUGGAGGAAGUGAAAUCCUCAAGUACAGUUGAUAGAAGUCCAGAUCCCGAGGAAAUCUCCAGCUAAAUGCUCAAAAUAUAAACCACUGAGCUAAUAUUUGCGAAGAGGAGCAGAAUGGAUGGAUUUUAUGACCAGCAAGUGCCUUACGUGGUCACCAACAGUCAGCGUGGGAGAAACUGUACCGAGAAACCAACAAAUGUCAGGAAAAGAAAAUUCAUUAACAGAGAUCUGGCUCAUGAUUCAGAAGAACUCUUUCAAGAUCUGAGUCAGUUACAAGAAACAUGGCUUGCUGAAGCUCAGGUACCUGACAAUGAUGAGCAGUUUGUGCCAGACUAUCAGGCUGAAAGUUUGGCUUUUCAUGGCCUACCACUGAAAAUCAAGAAAGAACCCCACAGCCCAUGUUCAGAACUCGGGUCUGCUUGCAGUCAAGAGCAGCCCUUUAAAUUCAGCUAUGGAGAAAAGUGCCUGUACAAUGUCAGUGCCUAUGAUCAGAAGCCACAAGUGGGAAUGAGGCCCUCCAAUCCCCCGACACCAUCCAGCACACCAGUGUCCCCACUACACCAUGCAUCUCCAAACACAGCUCAUACUCCAAAACCUGACCGGGCCUUCCCAGCUCACCUCCCUCCUUCUCAGUCCAUACCAGACAGCCCCUACCCCAUGGACCACAGAUUUCGCCGCCAGCUUUCUGAACCCUGUAAUUCUUUUCCUCCUUUGCCGACAAUGCCAAGGGAAGGGCGUCCUAUGUACCAACGCCAGAUGUCUGAGCCAAACAUCCCCUUCCCACCACAAGGCUUUAAGCAGGAGUACCACGACCCAGUCUAUGAACAUACCACCAUGGUUGGCGGUGCAGCCAGCCAAAGCUUCCCCCCUCCUUUGAUGAUCAAACAGGAACCCAGAGAUUUUGCAUAUGAUUCAGAAGUGCCUAGCUGCCACUCCAUUUAUAUGAGGCAAGAAGGCUUCCUGGCUCAUCCAAGCAGAACGGAAGGCUGCAUGUUUGAGAAGGGUCCCAGGCAGUUCUAUGAUGACACCUGUGUCGUCCCGGAGAAGUUCGAUGGGGACAUUAAGCAAGAACCAGGAAUGUACCGGGAAGGACCCACGUACCAGAGGCGAGGAUCCCUUCAGCUCUGGCAGUUUUUGGUAGCUCUUCUGGAUGACCCUUCAAAUUCUCAUUUCAUUGCCUGGACUGGACGAGGCAUGGAAUUUAAACUUAUUGAGCCUGAAGAGGUGGCCCGGCGUUGGGGCAUUCAAAAGAACAGGCCGGCUAUGAACUAUGACAAACUUAGUCGUUCUCUCCGCUAUUAUUAUGAGAAGGGAAUCAUGCAAAAGGUGGCUGGAGAAAGAUAUGUCUACAAAUUUGUGUGUGACCCGGAAGCCCUUUUCUCCAUGGCCUUUCCGGAUAAUCAGCGCCCACUGCUGAAGACAGACAUGGAACGUCACAUCAACGAAGAGGACACGGUACCUCUGUCUCACUUUGAUGAGAGCAUGACCUACAUGCCAGAGGGGGGCUGCUGCAACCCCCACCCCUACAACGAAGGAUAUGUGUACUAACAUGAGUAACAGUCAAGCAAGGCACUCCGUGCUUCGCCUCUUUUUUUCAAGAUACAGAGAUUCACCGAAUGCUCUUCAAUGUUUAUUUUAUUUCUGUUGUUUGUAUUUUAUUUUUUAAACGAUAAUACAAAAGGGGGCUUUUCCUGUUGCAUUAUUCUAUGGUCUGCCAUGGACUGCGCACUUUAUUUGAGGGUGGGUGGGAGUAAUCUAGACAUUCAUUCUUUGUAACAGGAAGAUGGCGGGUGAACGGGCAGAGGGAGCUGGGGGAUUCCUUUGUACUUAGGCUCGGGAUGGGGUCCUACAGGUUUUCUGUAUGAUGAAGCUAUAUCAUGUUUGUUCGAUUUCAUAAUAACAUAAGAUAAUUUUCCCUGGGUAUCUAAGGUACAGUUGAUUUCACGUUGUGUAAAUAUCUUCUUGGAGACCUUUUGCCUUGGGCAUUUCCCCGUCAUUAUUGAGUCUCUGCAGGUGUACAAAAAUCUACUGUAAAUGGCAGUUAAAUGUUAGAAAUGACUGUUUUGCACCACUUGUAAAAAAAAAAAGAAUAUUUAGCAAUUGCAUUUGUUGUUCUUUCUGUUUCAUAAUGCUUUACAGAUGACUUGUAGAGGAAAACCCUAAAUGUGGGCAAUUCUCUCUGAAGGUGAGUAAUCACCAUGACUGUAAAUGAGGGCCACAGUUUUGGACUCUGGCUUCAACUGAGUCAUAGGCCAGUAGCAUUACAUGUAUCUGGUGCCAUCUUGCUGUUUUGGUACUAUAAAUACUGUCUUUUAAAUAUGUUGAUGCCCAUUUCACUUAAAUAAUGACAUGCCAUGAUCCUUCGGAAUCUUCAUUUAAGUGUUAAAGCUGGGAUCACAAUGAAGCAAAAAAAAGAAAAAAAGAAAAAAAGAAAAAAAGAAAAAAAUUAACCUGUCUCCUUUCACUAUCUUCAGUACAUAAAUACAUUAUUUAAUCAAUAAGAAUUAACUGUACUAAAUCACAUAUUAUGCUGUUCUAGUUACAGCAAGCACUCUUUAAGAAAAAUAUCCACUACACUAAAUAGGUACUAUAGUAAUUUUUAGACAUGGUACCCAUUGAUAUGCAUUUAAAUGUUUCACUGCUGUGUUCUGUUGAUAACAUAUAUAAAUAUUAGAUAAUGCUAAUGCUUCUGCUGCUGUCUUUUCUGUAAUAUUCUCUUUCAUGCUGAAUUUACUAUGACCAUUUAUAAGCAAUGCAGUUAACUACAGAUAGCAUUUCAGGACAAAAUAGAUGACUCAAACCAUUUAUUGCUUAAAAAAAAUAGCUUACCACCAUGCUAUGCUACAAGCAGCUUUUAUGCACAUUGACAAAUGAAGAGUGAGCCUCAGCUUGCUAAAGGAAACUGUGGAAACUUUUGUAACUUUUGGUGAAAUGGAACAUUGUUUAUGAACUGUUAAAGAAUAUGAGGAAGUUGCUGUGUGACAUAGUGCUGGCACUGAUGUUGUCCUUUGUCUCCUUUGGACACGCCUGUAAAUGUGAUUGGAUUGUACGAAAGAAGAUUCAAAGAUCUGAAAAUUCAAAGUUUCUGCCUUGUUUUCAUUUUGUUUGUUGUUCGUUUGUUUUAUUGCACAUUCAAAAACAACAGCAUUGAACGUGUGCCAUGUUGUUUCAUUCACUCUGAAAACCAUAAGGAAAUGGUGUCUAACUACCCCUGAGUAGCUGCUUACCAGAUCCAAGCAAAGACAAUGAAUUGUGUUCACUUUGUUACUACUCUGGAAGAACAGCUUCCUAACAACGCUAUAGGAAAACACUAUUUCUUAGAAAACCCUUGAAGACCAAAUAAACCUAGGGAAACCUUUCACCAGCCCAAGAAAGAACUUACGAAGAAGACAAGCCCUCAGUAUUCUUUUCCCCAUGCUCUGCAGAUCACAGUCAUUUCUCUGAAACAUAACCAUUCCUUCACUCUCCUCCCGCACAAAUGGGCACUAACCACAUCCUCGAGAAGUAUUCUGAUUCCUGCAGAUGACUAUAAAUUACUUCCUUGACUGUGCUGCAUGUGUUUCCCUUGGCCCUUCAUGGGCUGAUAAGUAUGCCUUAAAAAUCAGGACAGCCACCAUUACCAUGUGGCUAUUUACAGCACUUGGACUUUCUAAGUAACCAGUGAAGUAUUUAUUGGAUAGACACUCAAGAUAUAUGAUUGAGCUUUUGGUAAAAUAGAAAAAUUCUAAAUGUGUCUUGAAAUGUAAAUCAUACUGAGGAAUCUUCUCUUUGUCUAUACUUGUUCCCCUUCCCUUUUAAAAUUCUUGUUCUAGUUGGAGAGGAAGAUUUGGACUCUGAGUUGUUCUAAAGGAUCAAAAGAGGAAUGGUAUUAAUUUUGUUGUAUAAGGAAAACUGUAUGUUUUAUUGCAAUAGGUAGUGUUUAAAUGGACUAUGCAAGUCAUCAGCUAGCAUUAAAAAUUCCUAACUUGAAAAAUUUCAAAAUAUAACAUCAUAAACUUCAUAAAAAAAACAAAUUUUAUGUUGAUUUCUUUUCUUUUUUAUUUCUUUCUUUUUAUUUUUUUUCAUUGACUUAAAAACAUCUAGGUGCUGAUGUUUGCAAGAGUCUUGCCUUCUGUAUUUCAGCAGCAUUGGCUACCAAGCAUAGACAUUAGUGAAGUAAUCUUUUUCUUCAACUUGAUAAAAGAAAUGAAAAGCUAUAAUCCACUAGUGUUUGAUGUUUCUAGUUGAAGAUGUGCAUAUACGCAACAACUUCUUUAAACAAGGAAUGUUACCUUCCAAAUAUGUCAUGAGAAAUUAUAUUCUUAGAGGGUCCUUCAAAAUCAAAAUCCACAAGACAGUGCGUAGUAUUUCUUCAGACUGCAGAAGCCUUGCUUCCUGGAGAUGCUGUUACAAACUGCUCAAACAUGGGUAACAGUACAAAUUUACAGUCUUGCAAUCCUGGAGGUCAGAGUUUCAAAGUCAGCCUGAAAGGGCUAAGGCCAACAUGCUAGGAACACCACCUCCGUUUGAAGGCUCCAGUGAGGCCUCGUUUUUUCCAUUUUCUGAGGAUGAUCGUACUUCCUCACUCCUAGUAACAGCAUUUCAACUUUGCCUCCCCAUUUAUGUCCCUUUCUCUCUGCAGUCACAGAUCUUUCUAGCUUCCUGAAAGAACACUUGUGAUUAUAUUCAGGGUUUACUUAGAAAAACCCAGGUGGAUCUUGCCCUCUCAGCCUCCUCAUUCAUCUACCAUUUGUCCCUUUUAACAGAUAAACAAUUCGUAGGUUCUUGGGAUUAUGAUGUAGGGGAAGAUCUGAGAAAGGCUAUUUAUUCAGCUUUAUUCAGUUUCCCACACAGCCAAAGGCCCCAGAGAGCAAAAUGCUAAUUGAAUUAUUCAUGGAAAAAAGUUCUAAGAUUAAUACAUACUAAGGAGUAUUGCCAUUUACCAUUCAGAUUUCUCCCCUUAUUUUGCAGAAAUACUUUAAAAAAAACUCCAUAUGAAAAUUCUCCUAUUUUAGUAAAUCAUCUGGAUGAUCACAUCAAGUCUUUAUAUGAUUUAACUAUUCCUCCUCUCCUAGUUAAACAUGUUAUGGUAGGAAAAAUAAUUAACCUGUGAUAACAGCAAUAGCACUGUUAAAUCUGAUGCUCAUGCCAUAUUAUGUUUUCAAAAAGAAUUUCUUUAACAUCAAUGAGUUCAUUCUCUAUGAUUGUCAGAUCUGCAAAUGAUAACUGCUUAUUCAGUAAGAAUAAUAAACAGAAUAUGCUCUUGUUAAUUAAAGAAACAAUUCUAAAAACUGACUUGAUUUCUUUUUAUAUUGCAGUGAAAAAUAUUUCUUGACUGAUAUCACAGUUUUUGCACCAGAUUAUAGAGUUCUAAAUUGAAUCAUGUUUUCAACCAUGCAGCCUUUCCAGAUUAUAUAAUGAUGAAACAUAUUGGGAAAAAAAAAAGAGUUGAGUGCCUAGUUGAGUCCUUAUUUAAAAACAAAAGAAUUCUGAAACAAACAAGCUAUAGUCCAGGCACAGUUUGUCAUGGAGAAGAGACAUUAAAAGUAGGCAAAGAAUGAAAAGAAUCAAUUUAAAUGAGGCAGGUUUGUAUGUUGGACAAUUGCAGCAAGAAUUUUGUAGAAGCCAAAUUCCAUAAAGGUGUUUAUGUUGCAUUUAAUACUAAAGAGAUAGAUAGGUGGCAUCGAGGAGGACGGAGAGAGAGUGGCUGCUUUUGAGUUCUUUAGAAAGCUGACCAAAUUUAGUGAGAACUCAACUACUGUUUUUAGGACUUUUUAAUUUUAUUUUAUUUUCUUAAGUGAAACUGACUUAGACACUUUAAAAAAAUAAUGGAAAAGUCUAGUUUAAGAAGAAAAAUCUGGUUAGAUUAGUGGGUGCCUUUGUAGAAAUACUGAUGGUUUUGGAAUGGUCAAUGAAAAUGUAUAUAUAAUAGCUGUGGUUUAAGAAUCCAUAUAUAAGGUAGGUUUUCUUUCUGCAUAUGGACUCCGAUAUUCUUUCCAUUUGAAAAUUAUGUUACUAUGGGGAAGUUUUUUUCUUUUUAAAGUUUGCUUGGUUGUAUUAAAAUUAUAAUUACAGUUUGAGAAAACAUCAUGAAAUUCAUGUGGUGAUAGCAAAUUGCAAAUUAAAUAUGCUCAAAAUUUAAGUCUAAAAUAAAAGCCCAGAAAUUGAAAA